AUGAAGAGCAUCAAACCCAUCUCGAGCAUCUCCAGCGGACUGCUACCAUCAGCACUGCGCCAGCCAACAACAUGUCGAGCAGCCUUCCUCGCGAACACGUCCACGCGAUCCACGAACCACGAUAGACAAGCCCAACACCGCACCUUCGUCUCCAACCCCUUCACCCAAAACCAAAUCCUCACAGCCUCCCGAACCCUCCCGUACCCAUCCAGCCUGAUCUACAGCAUCAUCUCCGAUGUCUCCUCCUACAACCAAUUCGUCCCAUAUUGCCAAAGAUCUGAAGUCACCAAAUGGUCCGAACCUGCCAGCGAUGGGAAGCGGUAUCCCGAAGUAGCACAGCUAGUCAUCGGCUUCAACGACUCCAUCAGCGAGAGCUUCACAUCAAGACUCUACUGCGUCCCCGAGAGAAUUAUCGAGGCUGUGAGCGGCAGCUCAACUGGAACGCUCGAGAAAUCUCCCGAUGCGAAGCACCACAGCCCACGGCCUUCCUCCGAUCAGGAUGCCAGCAGACAGAAUACGGUCAUGUCCCAUCUGCUCACACGAUGGAGUCUACGGCCAUACCCGUACAAGCCUCCUCCAACAGGGGCUGUGCACAAAGAGGGCGUGCACAAGAAUCACGAAGAGACAAGUCCGAUCCCAGGGCAAGAGCGGACCGAGGUGAACCUUGUGGUGGAGUACAAGUUUGCGAAUCCAGUGUAUGAUGCGCUGGCGAGCACGGCGGCGAAUAAGGUCGCGGAGAAGAUGAUCGAGGCGUUUGAGAGUAGGGUCAGGAUGGUCAUGGAGGGCCCGGGAACUGUGAAGCCGAAUAAACAGAGCUAG